AUGAAGGACAUUUCCGAAGAAAAUCCACCUUCUCCUGUAACGAUCUCCCUCGUCGACGGAGAUGGGACUGUAAUCGUUCUGGCAGGAUCUCUUGAUUCGGAUUGUAACUUUACACCGAGGACAGAUUCAACAUCUUCAUCUUCCUCAUUGACGAUAUCCGCAAGCACAGUUUUGAACUCAGUGACUCCCAUGGCCAGCACCGUUUCUCGGUUGAAUACGCAAACGGGACCUGUCACCACCCAGAGUCUGUCGUCCAGGAGCUCGUCGCAAAGUCCUCCAGCUACAACAGAUAGUAGAACAACAAUGCCGGCUUCCCUCGAAUCUGCAUCUCGUUCACGUCAUCAGCUGGGUACUGGAGCUAUCGUUGGCAUUGUGCUUGGAGUUAUCGUCGCAAUCUUACUGGUUGCUCUCACCCUUUGUCUCCUCUGGAGACAAAGCCGGAAGCGGAAGACAAUGGAAAAUAGCGAAUUGUCAGCAGUCCCAUGGACGUCUUCUAGUGCUGUCCUAGCGACAGUUGGCUCAACUACCUUGGCCUCUACUCUAGCAAAAACCGCAUCCACUCAACCGUUAGGCCAAGUUGAGGAAAUGAAAUCGGAGAUAGUCAACCGAAGCUCACCACCGCCACCGCUGCCCCCGAGCAGUGAUACUGCUAGCUCCCCCCGCACGUCUUUGCCUUUGUAUCAGAGUCCUCAACUCGGGGACGAGCUUGGGUCGUCAUCGGAGAGAGAGAUAUUUCUACAGAGACAAGUUGAUAUGCUUCUUUCCGAGAACGUCCGCCUGGCCGGUCAACUGCACCCUCCCCCGGCUUAUCAUUCUUCAUAG